CCCCCCGCUGCCCGGAGCCCACAUCACCUGGUACCGAGAGGCGUGGGGGAUGCGGCCGCCGAUUCCCCGCCAAGCCCUCGCCCCCGGGAUCCCCGGGCAUGGUGCGCGCCCCGGCCAGCAGCGCCUGGAGGAGGAGACGGCGCCCCCAACGUCCCACCCUCAUCGCCCUGGCACAGCCACGCGAGCCCGCUAGGCGAUCGCAGGGCCACAGCAGCUCCGCCGCAGGCGCCCCUUCGGACACCAUGACCCCCGGCGCGGGCCCAUGGAGCUAUGGCCUAUAGGGUCCUGGGCCGCGCGGGGCCACCUCAGCCGCGAAGGGCGCGCAGGCUGCUCUUCGCCUUCACGCUGUCGCUGUCCUGCACUUACCUGUGUUACAGCUUCCUGUGCUGCUGCGACGACCUGGGCCGGAGCCGCCUCCUAGGCGCGCCGCGCUGCCUCCGCGGUCCCAGCCCGAGCGGCCAGAAACUUCUCCCGAAGUCCCGCCCCUGCGAUCCCCCCGGGCCGACGCCCAGCCAGCCCGGCGCUCCCAGCGCGCCCGCGGCCGCCGCGCCCGCCCCUCGUCUCUCCGGCUCCAACCACUCAGGCUCCCCAAAGCUGGGCACCAAGCGGUUGCCCCAAGCGCUCAUCGUGGGCGUGAAGAAAGGGGGCACCCGGGCAGUGCUGGAGUUCAUCCGCGUGCACCCGGACGUGCGGGCCUUGGGCACCGAGCCUCACUUCUUCGACAGGAACUACGGCCGGGGACUGGACUGGUAUAGGAGCCUGAUGCCUAGGACCCUGGAGACCCAGAUCACACUGGAGAAGACACCCAGCUAUUUUGUCACCCAAGAGGCCCCACGAAGGAUUUUCAACAUGUCCCGAGACACCAAGCUGAUCGUGGUCGUGAGGAACCCAGUGACCAGGGCCAUCUCUGAUUACACGCAGACACUCUCCAAAAAGCCCGACAUCCCCACCUUCGAAGGCCUGUCCUUCCGCAAUCGCAGCCUGGGCCUGGUGGACGUGUCCUGGAAUGCCAUUCGCAUCGGCAUGUACGUGCUGCACCUGGAGAGCUGGCUGCAGUACUUCCCACUGGCCCAGAUCCACUUCGUGAGCGGUGAGCGGCUCAUCACUGACCCGGCCGGCGAGAUGGGGCGGGUCCAGGACUUCCUGGGCAUCAAGAGAUUCAUCACAGACAAGCACUUCUAUUUCAACAAAACCAAAGGAUUCCCUUGCUUGAAAAAACCAGAGUCAAGCCUCCUGCCUCGAUGCCUGGGCAAAUCGAAAGGGAGAACUCAUGUACAGAUAGAUCCUGAAGUUAUAGACCAGCUCCGGGAAUUUUAUAGACCUUAUAAUAUCAAGUUUUAUGAGACCGUCGGGCAGGACUUCAGGUGGGAGUAAGCCCCUGAGACGUGAGGCCUGUUCUCUUGUCUCCACCAUGAGGUUUGUGCUCAGAGUCACCAGUCCUGCUCUCCACCCUUCUUCCCGCCUAGGACCCCAUGAGGGCUCAGCUGGGAACCAAUAAAGGUCCCUGGCUCUCAGUCUGUCCAGGCAAAUUGGGUCUGCUUCUGGCAUGCUCUUUCUAUUCUGGAAUCAUUCUCCCUUCUGCCCAUAAAAGGCCUUGGGGGAUUGCUAUAAGCAGAGUGGGUUUCCCAGUGAGAGAUAGAACAAGUGGUGGCGGUCCUGUUGUUAUGAGAACAGCAGUCUGUUCCUGUCACUGUCCACCCAGGAGUAGGCUUCUUAAUUCCAAGUGGCAUGUCCCUUCCCUCUGAGCUUAACUUCCCCGAGCAUUCCUGGGUGGUGGGAUGGGAAACCAUCGCCAGUCCUCCUCAGAACUCAGCAGCUCAAUAACAGAGCGCAAAGCCUGAAGCACCCCUCUGGCCACUCGAGGAGAUGGAGCCUUUGAUGGUGAAAUAAGCAGUGAUUUCAAAGCCUGUGGGCUCAACCGUGCUUGGAGGAUGCUGUCUUUUGAAAACCACUCUGUGACUCUCCCCACUCCCUGUGGACAAAAGCACAUAAUUCUGCUGUUACGGGUACUUUCCUCACACGAGCUUUCGUGUUCAGCAUGCACAGAAUCAUGCUUGUCCAUGUGAAAUAAAUAUGGCGCUCUUGUGUCCUUAA